AAUUUUAUUUGAAAAUGGCGGACGAUGCAUCGAGCAGUAGCGGUUGUGCCGGUAAUUUAGUGGAUAAUUCAAUAAAUCAAGAUGAACUGAUUAUGAAACAACAGCGGGAGAUUGAGAAAGAGAUAUCAGAGUCGAUACCUUUAGUCGGUGAACUUGAACCUCUAUCAUCAUUAGAAAAGGAAUACAAUGAAGAUCCAGUAUAUCUCUUAAAAGUAAAGGAUCUCUCGUCGAAAUAUAAACAUAUCAGGAGAACACGUCCCGACGGUAACUGCUUUUUCAGGGCCUUUUCAUACGCAUAUUUAGAGCACCUUCUGACAAACAAAGAGGAAUAUGAAAAGUUUUAUGAAAUUGCGAAAAAUUCUAAAGAAAUUCUCCUAGCUUUAGGGUUUUCCCAGUUUACUGUGGAAGACUUUUAUGAAACUUUUAUGGAAGUAGUCCAGAGAGUAGGAGAACAAGCAGGUGGUUCUCCUGAUGGUCUGGAACCUGUACGUGUGGAACUUCAUGACAAGUUCAACAAGCAAGGCUAUUCAGACUAUAUCGUGGUUUACUUACGUCUUGUUACUUCUGGUCAACUGCAAACGCAGCACGACUUUUACCAAAACUUUAUUGAAGGCCCUCGGACAGUCACUGAAUUUUGCAGACAGGAAGUGGAACCAAUGUAUAAAGAGUCUGAUCAUAUUCACAUUAUAGCACUUAGUAAUGCUCUCAAUGUUGGAGUGGGAGUAGAGUAUAUGGAUCGUGGCGAGGGAAGUCAGGUGAUCGCCCAUGUGUUCCCUGAAGGUGCCAAGCCACUCAUCCACCUGCUGUAUCGACCUGGACACUAUGAUAUAUUGUAUGCAUGAUCGUGAUUACUUAGCAGUGCUGCAUUCUUAUAAUAAAAAAAAUAUUACCAUACC